AUGUACAACGGCACCUUCAAUCUCGGCCCAAUAACGCUGACGGCCCCCAACGUGUCGUCGAUACCGCCUCCUAUCUACAAACACUCCAUUCCACCACUCGUGUCAUGGAUCUCGGACGAGAAUCUCGCGCUGCUGCUGCCCAUCAUCUGCUACUGGACGUCGGGCAUCAUGUUCCACAUCAUCGACCAGUACGAGCUGCUCGAACAGUACCGGAUCCACACUCCUGAGGAGGUGACCAAGCGCAACAAGUGCACGUUUGCGGAGGUUGUUCGAGACGUUAUCAAGCAACACAUGCUCCAGACGGCUCUGGGCCUGCUACUCAACUACUUUGAGGAGCCCAACACGACUGGCCAUGAAGCUCACGACAUUUGGACGUGGCAGGUUCGGUUUGGAGGACAGACGAGCCCCGCAAAGGCGUGGCUCGCGGCGUUCGCCUACACCUAUCUGCUGCCCUUUGUCAAAAUCUCCUUUGCCUUCUUCAUUCUCGACUCGUGGCAGUACUUUCUGCAUCGGGCCAUGCACCAGAGCAAAUGGUUAUACAAAAAGUUCCACUCCAGACACCACAGACUCUAUGUGCCCUACGCCAUUGGAGCGCUGUACAACACUGCUCUGGAGGGCGUGCUGAUGGACUCGUGUGGAGCCGGCCUGGCAUACAUGGUUUCGGGCCUGACUACCCGAGAAGCCAUCUGGUUCUUCUGCUUCUCCACGCUCAAGACUGUCGAUGACCACUGCGGCUACUGCAUUCCCUGGGACCCGUUCCAGAUCUUGUUCCCCAACAAUGCCGUGUACCACGACAUUCACCAUCAGAGCUUUGGCAUCAAGACCAACUUUUCGCAGCCCUUCUUCACCUUCUGGGACCGCAUUCUCAACACGGAGUACCACGGCACCCGGGGCUACGUGCAGAAGCAGAAGGAGAUCACGGCCCAAAAGUACAAGGAGUGGGUUGAGUCUCGAAGCGGCUCUUCGUCCGAGGAUGAGAACAAGGCCAAGGCCACCGAGGUGGCUGGCAAGUCGACUGGAGCUUCUACUUCCGAGCAGGUGGUUUCUUCUCGACUUGAGUAG